CCAAUCUCACCAAAACCCAUUGUCCCAGAGAGCUGAAACGUCGUUCCAGCAACACCAACAAAGCCCAAGCAAUGAAGGAAGCAAUCGUGCUGUAUCCUUCACCGGCCAUCGGCCACCUCAUCUCCAUGGUGGAGCUCGGCAAGCUCCUCCUCACCCACCGCCCUUCCCUCUCCAUCCACAUCCUCAUCACCAACCAAGCUUAUGACGCCGGCCCCACCACCGCCUACAUCGCCUCCGUCUCCGCCGCCGUCCCUUCCAUCGCCUUCCACUUCUUCCCUGCCACCACCCUCCCGCCGGACUUCUCCACGACCUCCCCCCACCACGAGACCCUAGCCCUCGAGCUCCUCCGCCUCAACAACCCCAACGUCCGCCACGCCCUCACCUCCAUCUCCGAAAACCAUGUCGUCUACGGCCUCAUCAUCGACUGCUUCUGCUUUGCUGCCGUCGCCGUUGCGCGCGAGCUCAACAUUCCCUACUACUACUUCUUCACUUCCGGCGCUGGCUACCUCAACUUCUUUCUUUACCUUCCAACUCUUCACGACAAGUUUGCCAAAAGCUUAAAAGACUUUGACGCCCCAAUAGAUGUCCCAGGCACACCGCCGAUACCACCCUCCGAUGUUGCGAAGCCGUUGGAGGAUCGCUAUGAUGAGGCAUACGAGGGCUUCUUGGAUUCGUCCCUGAAGAUGCAGACUUCGGCCGGUAUCAUAGUCAACACCUUCGAGAAGCUCGAGCCGAGAGCGGUACGAGCCAUCACGGACGGCGAGUGUGUGCCCGGCGGGCCCACUCCGCCGCUUUACUGCAUUGGGCCGCUGAUCUCUAGCAGGGGAGGCGACGACGGCAGAUCGCCGGAGUCUCUGACGUGGCUGGACUCGCAGCCGAGAGGGAGCGUCGUGUUCCUGUGUUUCGGGAGCUUGGGCGUGUUCUCGGUGGAACAGCUGAAGGAAAUAGCAACGGGGCUGGAGAGGAGCGGUCAGCGGUUCUUGUGGGUGGUCCGUAGCCCGACACAUGACAAGAACCAAAAGGCCGCCACGUCGGCGGUGCCCGACGAGGACUUGGGGUGCCUGCUUCCGGAGGGCUUUCUUGAAUGUACCAAAGAGAGAGGGCUCGUGGUCAAGAAAUGGGCCCCGCAGGUGGAGGUGCUGAGCCACCCCUCGGUGGGCGGGUUCGUGACUCACUGCGGGUGGAACUCGGUGCUUGAGGCGGUGUGCGCUGGCGUGCCGAUGGUGGCGUGGCCGCUCUACGCUGAGCAGCGGCACAACAGGGUGCUUCUGGUACAGGAAAUGAGGAUCGCCCUUCCGGUGGACGAGUCAGCGGACGGGUGGGUGAGUUCCGAGGAGGUCGAGAAGCGAGUCAGAGAGUUAAUGGAGAGUGAAGAGGGAAAGAUGGUAAAGGAGCGAGUGCUUGCCAUGAAGGAAGAAGCUAGGGCUGCUAUGAGCCCCGGCGGGUCGUCUCGGUCUGCGUUGACCGGACUCACUGAGUCGUGGAAGCGCGAGUGAAAUGCUCUGGAUUUUGCAGGUCGUCUCGGUCAGCCAUCCGUUUGUUGAACUUUUUUCGUCGUCUUUUGGGUUUGCAUUAUUUCGAGGGAGGCCAACUGACGUACGUUUCGUCGUUUACCUUACGGACAAUGUGGCAUGUGCUUUUUAUAUUUUUGUUUCUUUGGAAACGUAAACGGGAGGAGCGUAGUCGAAUUUUCUCCGGUGGCCUGGGCCCUGGGGCAUGUGCUUUGUUCUCCCCUUGCAAACAAGAUCCUUCUUUUCUGAAUGAAAUAAAAUAUCUCCUGACUUUUUUUCUUCGGAAAAAUUUCUCUUCAA